UUAUCAACGAAUCGUUUCGGGUUGUUUUCCGCAAUUUUUACAGAAAUAACGCCUGAAAAUAACUAAAAAUCCAUCAAAUAUCACCAAAAAUUCCUUUUUAACACAGUGAAUGUGUUAAAUUCUCACUAAAAAAGGUGUGCGUCUUUAACUUUUUUCAUCAAUUUCCGCAAAGAUGACUGUCAACACGGACGAAGAAGCGUCUCAAAAUGCUCCUGCGCCGCGAGCUCGCUGCUUUUUCGACAUCAAAAUCGGAUUAUUGCCCGCCGGUAGGAUCGUUUUUGAGCUUUUUUCCGAUGUCGUGCCAAAAACAGCGGAAAAUUUCAGGUGUUUGUGCACCGGCGAGAAGGGAAUCGGCAAAGUUACGGAGAAGCCGCUUUAUUACAAGAAUGUAAUUUUUCAUCGCGUCGUGAAGGAUUUCAUGUGUCAAGCGGGAGAUUUUUCGAAUAAUAAUGGAACUGGAGGAGAAAGUAUCUACGGAGGAACCUUCGAGGAUGAGGGAUUCAUUUUCAAGCACGAUAAGCCAUUUUUGUUGUCAAUGGCGAAUCGAGGAGCAAACACCAAUGGAUCACAAUUUUUCAUUACAACGCAACCUGCACCGCAUCUUGACAAUAUUCACGUCGUUUUUGGUCAUGUCGUUGCGGGACAUGAUAUUGUCAGACAAAUUGAAUUGUUGCCAGUUGAUCGUAACUCGAGACCUUUAUCUGAUGUCGUGAUCACAAAUUGUGGCGAGUUGAUAAAACAAGUGAAAGUGAAAAAGGUCAAAAAGAAGAAGAAGGAAGCCAAAAAAUCAUCCUCAGGCUCAGAAUCCAGCAGCGAAGACGAAAAAUCAAAGAAGAAACACAAGAAAAAGAGCAAGAAAAAGUCAAAAUCAGAUCAUGAAGAAAAAUCCGAAUCUGAAGAAGGAGAACUAAAAGACACAAAAUUACAUCCAAUGGUAUCCGUUACAAAAAUCGACAAGGAUGAAAUUCCCGAAGUAUCGAAUAAAUUUCUCAUGCGCGGCGAACGCGACGAGAAAGACGACAAAAAAAGACGCGAUCGGGGCUCACAAGAUCGUGACAGAAGAUUUGGAUGGCGCAAAAGUCAUGUUCCAACAUCAAGAAGCGGAAGAAUCAUCAAAGGACGAGGAAGUUUCCGUUAUCGAACUCCAUCUCGUUCAAAAAGUCGUUCUCGGAGCGUUACGCCGCCUCAUUGGAAAGUUGCUCAGAAGAAAACUAUUAAAUUGUCAGAUUUUCAGAAAAUUGAGGAGGAAAAGCGCGAACGUGAGUCUGAAAUCAAGCGUCGUGAAGCGGAACGUCGCAAAAGACACGAACAAGCGGAGGAAAUGGCACGUGAGGGAGCUAAAAAGUCAUUUUUCGAGCUAAAUUCACAACUUGAUGCUCCUCCAGCAUCAGCAGAAGCUUCAAAUAAACGAGCAUCUCCCAUAAAUUUUGCUCCUGCAUCAAAUACUGACAAAAAUAAUCGUCGUCAAUCUGUGGAUUUGAACGCUUUGGACUACGAACACAAUUCCGAAGAUGAAAUGGAGGCAAAAAAGUCGAAUGAAUUCGUUGUCGGGCACGCAUCUGUCGUUGUUUCGUCCAAAAAUGAGAAAAAUCGCGACGCACGAGAUCGCAUGGAUAAAAGACGACGUUCCCGAAGUCAUUCGCGACGCAGAAAUUCGCCUCAAGUCACUCGACGUCGCACUCGAAGCCCGUAUCAAGCGAGAAAAAACAUUCGAGACCGUCCGAACUUCAAUCGUUUCGACAGAAAUCGCAAUCGUUCGAGAUCACGUGACCAAAGACGUCGUUCCCCAAUCGCUGCAAGGCGUUCUCGUUCCCGUGACAACAAAAAUCGACGACGUUCUCCCGUCAAAACUGCUCGUAGAUCUCGUACGAUGACACCCCCGCCGCCCCCCAAACGUCGUUCCCGAACUCGAACACCUCCCGUGAGAAAACCCCGCGAAAAAUCCCACGAAAAAAAUCUCGCGAGAAAUCCGUCGCCCGACACCAUUCCAUUGCCCAAAUCGACGCCUCCGAGGGAAAAUCGCGAAACGGCGGAAGAGAAAGAAGCGCGAAUCAAGAAGGAAAAAAUGUUGAAACGCGCCGAGACGCUCUUGCUGCUCAAGUCGCACAUGGAGAAGGAAAUUGCGGAGCAGAAAAAACGCGAACGCGAAAAGGAAAAAGCCAAAGAGGAACAACUCAAAGUCACGAUGGAGCUCGAGCAACUGGAAAAAUUGAAGAAAGAAACGUUGGACAAGCUGCGAAAUGUCGACAAAGGACUCACGGAGAUCAAAGAGUUGGUUGGCAACAAAGUCGAGCAACGUGCGGAGCGUCGUCGACGCAGCAAAUCGAAGAAGAGCAAAUCGCGACGUCGUUCAAGUUCGAGCUCGUCCUCAUCCUCGUCAGAUUCUGAUCGAGAUCGUAAAAAACGGAAGGGAAGCGAUAAUCGGAGACGACGUCGUUCACGCUCGUAAAUUGAUUUUGUAUCGGGAAAAGGUUUCUAAUUACCUGAAAAUAUUGAAGAAGAAAGAAAAAUGAAAGGAAAAAAAAAUUUUUUGAAUGGAAAUUAAGGCGUUACAAUUUUUUUUUAUAAAUAUUUUG